UCUCAAGUCUUAACUGGAUUUUGUAUAUCCUUCAAACUCCAAAUAACCAACGGCAUAUUCCAACCAUAUAUUAACAAAAAAAAACACCCCCUACUCUUCACCAAGUCUCCUCUCUUCUUCGAUCUCUUCCCUUUUAGAUUUCAAAAUCCUUCACACCCCAUUUUCCAUAUUCAUAUUCUCACCAAACCCACUUCUUCCUCUCUUUUUUUUCUUCAAUUUUUGAUGUUAAAGGCCACUCCUUUCUUCUUAUCAUGAUUAAAUGUUCCUUUGAAUUCUUGUACCCUUGAAUUCCGAGACAAUCUCUACCAAAUCGUAUGAUCUAACAAGAAAAUCCAAGUCAAAAUCACACCCAGAUUUUCCUUUCCUCUGAAAUACAGGAAAGUGAAGAUAAUCUAUCUUGUCAUUUCUAUUUGAGUCUCUUUCACUGAAUUUGUUGCCAUCUUUACCAUAAUCUCCAAAAGCCGUAUCUUAAAAUUCUCUUUAUAUCUCUUAGAUCACAAGAUCACUUCAAAUUUCUCAUUCUCGAUAAAGUUUCACUCUUUUCUGUUCUAGGAAAGAGAAGUUUCUAUCUUUUAAGUCAGAGAUGGUGGUGAAGAUGAUGAGGUGGCCACCAUGGCCACCUCUGUCAUCGAGAAAAUUUGAGGCCAAAUUGAUCGUUCACAAACUGCAAGGCCUAGAUUUGGUACAAGAUGAAGAGCAAAACAGUGAUGAGAGCAGGAAGGGCUUGGUGGUUGAGAUAAAGUGGAAAGGUCAGAAGGGUAUUGCUUUUAGGAGGUCUGUAAAGCGGAAUUUUACCGAGGAAGGAGGGUUCGAAGGUGAUGGGUUUCAAUGGAAUGAAGAGUUUAGAAGUGUGUGUAAUCUUUCUGGAAAUAAAGAUGGUGUCUUUCUUCCUUGGGAAAUUGCCUUUGCAGUUUUCAGUGGCUUGAACCAAGGGCCAAGGAGUAAGGUUCUUUUAGUUGGAACCGCUACAUUAAACCUCUCGGAAUAUGCUUCAACAGCUAAGGAGAAAGAAGCUGAAAUUGCUGUUCCUUUAACAGUUCACAAUGGCACCGUUGAGGGCACUCCCUUGCUUCAUUUGUCUCUCAGGUUGAUGGAAUUGAAAACUAUUCGAGAACCUCUACAAGCAGUGCAGAGAGUGAUAGAGACUGCCCCAUCAUCUCCCUCAUCUCUUGAAACUCUAUCACCAAGGAGAGAUGAACUUUCUGUUCUUAAAGCAGGUUUGAGAAAAGUGAAAAGCCUCCAAGUGAGAAAAAAGGCUUGUCACAAAGAGAACAGUAAUGAUAGGUGCUGUAUCAGAAUCGAAGAUCAUGAGGACAACUACCCAUUUGAUACAGAUUCACUCGAUGAUGAUGCUGAGGGGGAAUCAGAGGAGAGCAACGGGGAUCCUAGUGCUCAGCUGUCAUUCAAUUAUGAAACAUUGGCGCAUGCAAACAAGGCUGGAGGAUCAUUUCAUUCAAUUUCUAUAACUAAUGGUGAAGAUGAGAGUUGGAUAUACUAUAACCAUUGUAAGCCGGAUAUGGGAUCUUUGUAUGUCGAAUACCCAACUGCAUCAGACCAUGAACAAUCUUCGAAACAGAGUUCAAAACUUGGAAUCUUAGCUUGGAGGAAAAGAAAACUGAGCUUUAUAUCCCCUAAGCCUAAAUCUAAAGGCGAGCCUCUCUUGAAAAAGGAUUGUGGAGAAGAGGGUGGUGACGACAUUGAUUUUGAUCGCAGGCAGCUUAGCUCCUCUGAUGAGUCCAGUUUUGGGUGGAAUAAAUCGGAAGAAGGUUCGACUACUAGUAGAUCAUCAUUCACCGAAUUUGGGGAUGACAAUUUUACUGUAGGCAGCUGGGAGACAAAAGAAGUAAUAAGCCGUGACAGGCACAUGAAGCUCCAAGCACAGGUCUUUUUCGCUUCAAUUGAUCAGAGGAGUGAGCGAGCUGCUGGUCAAAGUGCCUGUACGGCACUGGUUGCUUUCAUUGCUAAUUGGUUGCAGUCUAACCGAUAUGAAGUGCCAAUCAAGUCUGAAUUCGACUGCUUGAUCAGAGAUGGAUCUUUAGAGUGGAGAAAUCUCUGUGAGAAAGAGGACUAUAGACAACGAUUUCCCGACAAGCACUUUGACCUUGAGACAAUUCUUCAAGCUAAAAUUUGUCCUCUUUCAGUUGUCCCAGAAAAGUCCUUCAUUGGAUUCUUCCAUCCAGAAGGCCUAGAAGGAGAUUUUGACUUCCUUCAUGGCGCAAUGUCCUUUGACAGUAUUUGGCAGGAGAUUAGUCAUCAUGGGUCAGACUGGUCUAACAAUUCUGACCCUUUGGUCUACGUUGUAAGUUGGAAUGACCACUUUUUUGUCCUCAAGGUUGAACGGGAUGCCUACUAUAUCAUUGACACACUGGGAGAGAGGCUUUAUGAGGGAUGCAAUCAAGCCUAUGUCCUAAAAUUUGACAAAGAUACGACAAUCCAGAAACUACCAAAGGAAACUAAAGGAUCAGAUGAAAAAACUGUCGGCAACAAAGUGCAACCAAGCAGCUCCAAGGAAAAAACUCCAGCUGAUAGGAAUCUGCCAUCAAUUCCAAAUGAGGGAGAAAAGACUCCGAUGGAAGAAGAGAUUGUGUGUAAAGGAAAGGAGUCAUGCAAGGAAUAUAUCAAGAGUUUCUUGGCUGCAAUCCCUUUAAGGGAAUUGCAGGCUGAUAUCAAGAAGGGUUUGAUGGCAUCAACACCCCUUCACCAUCGACUUCAAAUUGAGUUCCACUACACCCAGCUAACGCUACCCGUAGAUGAAAAUUCAUCAAGAGAUGUAACUGUUUGCUGAUACACCAGCUGCAUCGGCUGUUCUCAUGUUUAAUACCCCCAAUAGAGUUGAGUUCCUACAAUCUUCUCUAAAUUUGAUUACUCUAGCCCCCUCCCCUCUGCAAUAUAUGGUUUUUUAGGAAAUAAUUAGGCUGACACAGCCAUCUAGUGAUUUGUUUUCGAGGUUCUUUGUAUAUUCCAAAUGUAGUUUUCGGACCAGGAAUGUAACUAUCUUCCUUUUUUUACGACGGAUAAUAACCAACUCCCUAUAGUAAUUUCCAUGCAUAA